CGCUGGACAGUCAUUGGGCGGCGUGAUCUGAUCGCGGUUCCGCUCCCCUGCUGCCGCCACCAGCAGAGCGCUCCGGGCUAGCCGGGCGAAGGGCCAUGGCGGGUGCAGUGGGCGAGUCGGGUCAGCAGCCGGAGCUCGACGAGGACGAGGCGGCGUAUUGCAGGCGCUGGGGCGCGCAGCACGCCGGGGCCCGGGAGCUGGCCGCGCUCUACUCGCCAGGUAAGCGCUUCCAGGAGUGGUGCUGUGUGGUCCUAUGCUUCGGCCUCAUCGCCUACAAUUUGGUUCACCUCCUGCUGCUGGCCCGCUGGGAGCACACACCCCUCGUCAUGCUGGGUGUCGUUGCAGGGGCUCUCAUUGCUGACUUCUUGUCUGGCCUGGUGCACUGGGGAGCUGACACUUGGGGCUCCGUGGAGCUGCCCAUUGUGGGGAAGGCUUUCAUUCGGCCAUUUCGGGAGCAUCACAUCGACCCCACGGCCAUUACGCGGCACGACUUCAUCGAGACCAAUGGGGACAACUGCCUGGUGACACUGUUGCCUCUGCUAAACAUGGCCUACAAGUUCCGCACCCAGAGCCCCGAAGCCCUGGAGCAGCUGUAUCCCUGGGAGUGCUUUGUCUUCUGCCUGACCAUCUUCGGCACCUUCACCAACCAGAUCCACAAGUGGUCACACACGUAUUUUGGGUUGCCAUGCUGGGUCACCCUCCUACAGGACUGGCAUAUCAUCCUGCCUCGUAAACACCAUCGCAUCCACCAUGUCUCACCCCACGAGACCUACUUCUGUAUCACCACAGGCUGGCUCAAUUACCCUCUGGAGAAGGUGGGCUUCUGGCGACGCCUUGAGGACCUCAUCCAGGGCCUGACAGGCGAGAAACCUCGGGCAGAUGACAUGAAAUGGGCCCAGAAGAUCAAAUAAUUCCUCCGAGCCUGCCAGCUCAUUGCCAACCUAUCCCAGACCCCCAAACCGAAGCCAUCUGCCAAAUUCCAGCCUCCUCACACUGGCCCCUCCAGGUGGAGAGGACACCUCCUGGGCUAGGCCCAGGCACCCCCCAGCCCACCCCUCCUGACACAGAAUACUUGAGCCACUAAUUUUUCAUUUUCUUUCCUUGGUCCUUCCAAGCCACCUGAGCUGCUCUGUCUGCCACUUCUGACUCUGCGGAAAAAGGAGCCUUGCCCUGCCAGCCAUCCCUUGGGUAAAGGGAGAGAGUCCACCCACUCCCUGCACUCUUACCACCCCUAGCCCCUCUGGGCAGCCCUUCAGCAUGGCUGGCGUUGGGCCCACUGAGUUGUCUUAUCUGUCCCUCCUUGUCUGCCCACAGUGGUCCAGGAGCCCCCAGGCACACCUAAUUAUCCCUGGAGAAUCUCCCUGCAAACUGACCCCUAAGUCUAGCCACCACCUUCAGACUAGCCUGUCCACCCAAGGAUGGCAAAAUACAGCAGGGGUCUGAGGGUAGCUGGCUGGCCAAACAGGCCAGAAUUGCCUGCCUGUCUGGACCACGCCCCUCCCCAUCUGCCCAUGUGAUUCCAGAGCUGCUGUUCCUAAUCAGAGGAUGUCUUGGCAGGGCACCGUCCCUGCAAAGGGUCUUGGUCAUUUGGAAGGGGACACAGUGUCCCCUUUGGCCCAGGAUGUCAGAGAGGGAAGAGUGGGGCUUUGUGUUUGAUUUUUUUUUUUUAAGGUGCUUGCUUGUUUAAUGUAAAUAAUAGAAAGCCUUAAUAUCUUUUCUGUAACAUGGAAUAAUAUUUUAAUGUCACGUUUUGGAUGUACAUAAUAUAUUUAUAACAAAGCAGCAAGAGCCUACUUAACCUCGGCUGCCUCGUGUUUCCUGCUUGGCUGGGGGAGAGGCAGGGCAAGGAUCCUGAAGGAUGAGGCCCCACCUCUACCCUGUUCCCAGCCCUAGGCUUUGGAUAGGGGCUUUGUCACCUAAGACAGUGAAUUAAUGUUGACAUCUGCUCCAAACUCUCUUGAAGGGAAUUUAUGAUUUGGUGAGGAAUAGUCUUUGUGCAGGAGAUCAUGGUGAUAGCACAAUGAAGACUGAUCCCUAUUUGUGAAUUUCUUCAGCAAAUGUUAUUGGCACCUGCUGGGUACCAGGCUCUGACCUGGACACGGCUCAGCAGUGAACAAACAAAUGAGGACUUACCUGGUGGAAUCGACCUCCUGGGAAGAGAGACAAUAAACCUAAAUAAAUGCAUAUGGACAUUCAGAUGGUGAUUUGUAAAGAAAAUCUAACAGCAUGGACCAUGUUGGAAAAGCAGGAUGGGGCUGCUUUGGCAGGGUGAUCAGAGAGGGACACGUGAGGUGGUGGUUGAGCUGAGAUCUAAAGGAAGAGAUGGAGCCUGCUGAGAAAGAAUAGGGGAAAGAUGCCUCCUAACUGGACAGCAAGUGUGGGGUUUUUAAGAGACUGUAUCUGGACUGAAGUGAGCAAGGGGAAGUGAAAGAUGAGGUUGGAAAAACAGGGACUUGUUACAUAGAGUCUCACAGGCUGAGAGAAAUGGGGAGUCACUGGACACUUUAGACAAAUGAGUAUCAUUCAUUUACUCAUUAAAUAAAUACAAGGUACCUCCUGUGCACCAAGCACUAAGAUUCAGUAGUGAACACUAUAGAUACUACAAUCAAUAUCCAUUCUGGGCUAGAUAGUUACUACUAUAUUAGCCAGAAAAAAAAAAGUCUAUUGGGGACAGAGAAAUAAUAAAAGACUCCUUAGAGCAGUCACAGAUAAAAGUAUUUUUUUAAUGGGACCAAUAACUAUUUUCCUUAAAGUUUGCCCACCACUAGACUUUUAAUUUGUGACUAUCUUUGAGGAGAGGGUAUUAGAAUUAAUCAACUCAUAUGUGGCAGAAAACUAUAACAAGCACAAAUUCAUAGCUAAAAUAAUUUUGUUAGCUCUUAUCACUGCAAAGUUCAGAGGUGGUUCUAACUUAAGGUGAGGAGACAGGUGGCAAGUGAGAAGUGUGUCCCCCCCGAGAGAACAGGAACACAGCAAGAUGAGAAACAGUAGCUGAUCCCAAGGACUGGGAUGCACUGGAGACAUCCAGCCCAAAAGGCAGCUGCUACUCACGUCAGCUUAGAUGAAAGACAAGCCAGAAAAUCCAGAUUUUUAAAUGCUAACUCCAUUUUUUAAACAUGGACUGGACAAAACAAAACAAAUAUAUGGGCUGACUUCUGCUGUCAACUUCCCAGCUGGUGCAGGGGUGGCCCAGUGUUUGGUGGAUUUGUGCUGCUAUCUGGUGGUGGAACAUGGCAGUGGCAGUGUGGGACAGACAGGUGGGUUUCCGGCUUGACUGGAAAUGUUAUGCAUCCACCCUGCUUGCUUCUCCUUAGAGGAGGUCUGGGCAGGGCACCUAUUCCAACUUUAACCCCAGCCUCUAUUGAUAAACUGAAAAAUUUCACUACCCUUUUAAACAUUAUUUUGUAAUAGGUAAUGCAUGUAAGAUAAGGAAUAUAAAUACAGAAAGGUCUAGAGCAGGGGUCAGCUGACUACAGCCAGUGAGUCAAAUCCAGCCCACCUGUUUUUCUAUGGCCCAAUGAGCAUUUUGUUAAAUGGUUGGGGGAAAAAAGAAUAUUCUCUAACACCUGAAAUUCAAAUUUCGAUGUUGGUUGUAAAGUUUUAUUGGCACACAGUUAUACCCAUUCAUUCAUAUAUUGUCUAUGGCUGCUUUUUCAAUAUAGCAACAGAGCUGAGAGACCGCAUGGCCCACAAAGCCUAAAAUAUUUAUUAUCUGGCUCUUUACAGAAAAAAACGUACCAACUCCUGGUGUAGAAUGAAGAGUAAAUUGUUGCCAACUCAGGUUCCCCUGAGCCUUCAGUUCUUCUCCCCAGAGGCCAUCAUUUUAACAAGACCCUUGCAAGUCCCGUAUAUGGGCAUAGAGGUAUGUCUGUCCCCACUUUUCAUACAAUAGUUAGAAUAUUGUAUACACAGUUCUGCAACUUGCCUUUGUCACUCGAUAUAUUUUGGAGUCAGGGUUAUUUCAAUGCUGAUUUUUUACAUCUGUAGCAUUCCAACUUCAAGAUGGCCCCUUUUUUUUAACUUGUCUCUUGUUUUCAUUCUUAAUACAGACUUUAUUCUUUGCUCAUAAGGGCCAAUAGACAUGACGGGUCAAUUUCUAGGAAUCAAAUUAUUGGGUCAAGGGAGUUUGUGUGUUAAUACUUUGUGCCCAUUUAAAGCUUCACAACUUUUGAGAGAACCAGUUUCCCCAAAUCCUUGUCAACACAUUGUCUUAUCUAGUGUUUUGUCCUUUGCCAAUCUGAUAGGUAGUUUUAAUUUGCAUUUCUUUAACUGUCAUUUAUUGAAUCUAAGAUACCAUUGAUUGUAAGAUGCAUCCUCAUUUCAGAGAUGUUUGAACAUAAAAAUUUGCAUCUUAGAAUCACUGAAAUACAAUAUGUUAAAUGAGAUUGGGUAUAUUACUCCAUUUCCUUACUGCAAUUGCUUAUUGUGGAUAUGUCCUUUUCCUAUUUUUCUUGGGAGACAGGGCAGUAGUGGUUAAGAGCUUAGUGUUCAAAUCCCAGCUCUGCUACUUAAAAGCUUGUGACUUUGGGCAAGUUAACCUUUCUGUGUCUGUUGCCUCAUCUCUAAGAUGGGAUAAUGUACCUACCUCAGAGUGUAGUUGUGAAGAUUAAAUUUAUACAAAACACUAUGUUCCUGGGACAUAGUAAAUGUUGCAUAAAUGUUUGCUAUAAUUAUCA